AAGUCUGAGCAUGCGCCGCUAGAUAGGAUCUUUGGGGCAGAGAGAUCGAGCGCGCAGGCGCGGGUAAGAUGGCGGACGACAAGGACACACUCGGUAAGCUGAAGGACCUCGCACACCUGAAGGGGCAACUAGAGAGCAUCCAGAGGAAGGUGGAGGAGGAAGUGCAAAUGGGAUUGCCCAAUGGUGGCUCCUUGCUGGCCUCGCCGUUCCUGAAGGGCUUCCUCGCGGGCUACGUGGUGGCCAAACUGCGGUCAUCAGCCGUGCUCGGCGUGCUAGUGGGCACUGCCACUGGCAUCUACGCCGCCCAGAACUACAACGUUCCCAACGUAGAAAACACCAUCAAAGACUAUCUCAGCUCUCUGAAGAAAGGGCCCAAAUAAGGAUCGCCUGCCACACGCUA